GGAAGGGCCGGGCUGGGGGCCUCGACGCGCUCCGAGCUCCGGGAAGGGCCGGGCCGGGGGCUCCGGGCCGCAGGUCCCGGACGGCGGAGCCGGGAGCGCCUCAGGUGGAAGAUGGGAGUGUUCCCCUCCUGUUUUAGGUGAAACCUGCCUGCCAUGAAAUCCCGAGGGAGAUAGAGGGACUGCAGUGGGAACUCCUUCUCACUCCCCCACAACAAAUCCAACAACUGCCUAAUGGGAUUGCCUCUCUGCCUGGAGUCAUGGGGAGCUGCUGCAGCUGUCUGUGCCCAGACAGCAUCCCAGACAACCAUCCCACCAAAUUCAAGGUGACCAACGUGGACGACGAGGGGCACGAGCUGGGCUCGGGGGUGAUGGAGCUGACGCCGCGGGAGCUGAUCCUGCACACGCACAAGCGCGACGCCGUGCGGUGGCCGUACCUGAGCCUGCGGCGCUACGGCUUCGACUCCAACCUGUUCUCCUUCGAGAGCGGCCGCCGCUGCCACACCGGGCAGGGGAUUUUUGCCUUCAAGUGCUCCAGAGCAGAGGAGAUCUUCAACCUGCUGCAGGACCUGAUGCAGUGCAACAGCAUCAACGUGGUGGAGGAGCCCGUGGUGAUCACCAGGAACAGCCACCCCCAGGAGAGGGAGCUGGCCCACAGCCCCCAGGGCCCCACCAGUCUGGGCUACACUGGACUUCCCAAUGGAUUUCACAGCUUCCCUGGAGAAUCCCUGUCCUACUCUGCAGCCCAGCACCCCUCAGGGAGCAGCCUGAGACAUUCCUCUGUGGGGGAAGACUCUACCCACCCCCUCCUGGGCCCUGAGGAGCAGUCCCACACCUACGUCAACACCGGGGAGCCGGAGCCGAGGGGCCGGCACCGUUUGCACUCCUUGCCUGAAGCCCACCCUCCUUUCCCCCCUAGGAACCACAGCUGCUCCCUGGAAGACCGAAACCCCCAGGUCUUCCUGCAGCCAGGGGAGGUGAAAUUCGUGCUGGCUCCCACCUCUGGCUACCGCCGGCUGUGCCGGCAGCCCCGGCAAUGCCGGCCUCACCUCUGCCCUCCCAACAACAACAACAACGAGUGCCAGCAGGGCUGUCCCUCCCCACAGUGUGUCUACGAGAACCUCAACGGGCUGGUGGCCCCCAGCACCUCGUCCCUGUGCCGGGCCGCUCGCUCCAAGGCAUCCCUGGAGGAUGGGAGCUGCUCCCAGCGCCGCUCAGCGCUGCUGCACUAUGAGAACCUGCCGGCGCUGCCGCCGGUGUGGGAGCUGCAGCCGGCCCAGCGCGGGGACGAGGACGCCGCCACGGCCCCCACGCCGUCCCCAAAUGGCUUCUCCGAGGCUGGCGAGGAGGAGCCCCUGCAGAACCCGGCGGGCUCGGAGCCGCGCCGCGCUUUCCUGCCCAGGCCCCGGCGCAGCCGCCUGCCCAACGUCUUCAGUUUCGACUUCCCCCGGCCCUGCCCGGAGCCUCCACGGCAGCUCAACUACAUCCAGGUGGAGCUGGAGCCCGAGGGCUGCAAGGGACAGCAGGAGCCCAGGGUGGCAGCCCCCGCCAGCCCCGGGGCCCGCCGCACCGACUCCUACGCCGUCAUCGACCUCAAGAAGACGGCGGCCAUGUCCAGCCUGCAGCGGGCCCUGCCCAGGGACGAUGGCACCUCGAGGAAAACUCGGCACAACAGCACUGACCUGCCCCUCUGAGGGCCCCAAGUGCCAGCCCCGUGUCGUGGCUUCGGUCCCUGGCCCUCGCUGUGUCCUGUCCCCCCUGAGUGUGGCUCCCUCUCGCCGUUGCCUUCCCCGUUCGCCAUCCCCCUGGGGCCCGGCGUGGCUCCUGCAGCUGCUGCUGUUGAGGCUCGUCUGACUGUCUGUCUGUCUGUCUGUCUGUCCGUCCUCCCCUCUCUGUGUUGCUCGUUUUUCAAGCCUUGUGGGAUGUUUGGUGACUCUGAGGGUGGAAUUCCAGGCGGGCAGGAGGGAGGUGGCACGGCCUGGGGUGGGGCAGGGCAGAGCCGGGGGUUGGGCAGUGCCUUGGGGCAGUGCUGCCAAAACUGAGCUGCUUCAGGAGCUCUGUGCAAUUCACACCUUCACACCCGUGGAUUUCACACCUCCAGGAGAGGUGACAUUUACCUCCGGGAGGGAUUUCACCUCCAGGAGAGCUCUGUGGUGAGGCCACUCCAGAGCUGGGGUUUGAUUGUGGUGCCUGGAGAUGAGGGAGCUCACGCCGUGGCCUUUCCCCCCUCAGCUCACUGUUUGUUCCUGAAGCUUUUUAUCCUUCUGUCCCCGUCUCAGAUCCAAUUUCAAUUGGGCAGCUGCAAUGAAACCAGGAGGACACAGAGCCAUGGGCACACACUGUGAUCACAGAAACCUGAUUGCCUAAAUCCUUAAAUUCCCUCCCCUGCUUUAAAAGAGGAGGGAAAGGCCACAACCAUGAGGGAGAUUGGAAGUUUGGUCUAGAAAACUUCACUCGUGCCAUACCCUGCUUUGUUCUUUUUUUUACGGGGUUCUAUUUGGCAGCUGCUGAGAAGUGCUGUGGGUUUAUUUAUUUAUUUAUUUUAUAUUUAUGAACUGCUCCUUUGCAUCCCAGUUUGUUGCCAAACUGGUGCCAGCCUGCGGCCUGCGCUCGCCGGGGCUCGCUCCUGCCCGGGGUGGGGGCACAGGUCCCCAAAGAGCUUGGUGGCUUUGCUGAGCCACCAACUGGGGGAAAAUCACUGUGGAGAGGAGCAGCUGGGAAUGAAGAGUGUGUGAGCUGGGGGCUGAGCAUCGUGGGGUGGGUGGGAAAUGGAAUGGGAGCCGUGGGAGUGGGAGCGGAGCCGCCGGGCAGCCGAGCUUGGAGCGCCAUCAAAGCCCCUGGUGCGCCCCCGUGCCUGGCUGGGGCUGGGAGCAGCUCAGCUCCGUGUCAGGAGUGAAAUGUGCAGUUUGUUCUCUCAGCUGUGGACCUGGAAGGGCUCAAAUUCCGGCUGCGUUCGUGGCCUUUUGCUGUGGGUUUUUUGUCUCGAUGCUGGGGUGGCGCUGAGCCGCCCUGGGACGUCCCCUCGUCCCUCCCUGUGGGACACGGGACACCUCGGCCUUUCCCUGGAUUUCUGUGCCUGUCCCGAUGGAGAGCAGUGCUCUGGGAUCCUCUGGGAUCCUCUGAGGUGCUCUGGGAUCCUCUGGAAUGCUCUGGAAUGCCCUGGGAUUGUCUGGAAUGCCCUGGGAUCCUCUGGGAUUUUCUGGGGAUGCUCUGGGAUUCUCUGGGAUGCCCUGGAUCCUCUGGGAUGCUCUGGGAUCCUCUGGGAUGCUCUGGGAUGCCCUGGGGUGCUCUGGGAUGCUCUGGGAUCCUCUGUGGUGCUCUGGGAUGCCCUGGGAUGCCUCUGGGGUGCCCUGGGAUGCCAUGGGGUGCCCUGGGAUGCCUGGGGUGCCCUGGGAUGCCAUGGGGUGCUCUGGGAUCCUCUGGGAUGCCCUGGGGUGCUCUGGAUCCCCACCUCCCUGCUGGCUGUGCCCGUGUUCCUCCCGGGACAGGAGCUGGCUGCAGUGCCAAGCCUCGUGUCCCCCUUGUCCCUGGAUGUUUCCCGCUGUUAAAUCCCCUGGAAGAGGAAGGAGCCCCAUCCCCCAGCUCCACGGGCCAGCAGCUCGAGUUCCAGGGCUUGGAAGUUCAGCCUUUUUUUGGUUUUUGGUGCUGUCAUGUCCUGUUGAGCCGUGCCCCUGUUGGGAGCAAGGCCCCGUGUCCCCAGUCCGAGUGGUGCCA